AUGCAGUCCAUCGCCGGGGCGCCCGCCGCCAAUCGCAGCCCGCUCGGCCGCGCGGCCAGCUCGCCGGCUCCGCCUCCGCGCCCUAUCGCUUUGCCCGCCGCCACGUCGACCAGCGGUCUUGUCUCUCCGAGCCCGCAAGAAGAGGCGCCGAGGCACAAGCCCGCGCCGCCGCUCUCGCUGCCCGACAACGGGCCGCUGGUGCCGCCAGACACCAUGUGGGAGACCAUGGCCGAGCAGCAGCGCGAGCUGCACGACGAGGAGGUCUCGCGCGUGUGCGCCAAGCUCCGGCAGGCGGUCGCGCUCCGGGACAAGUACCGGCAGCCGGUGGAGCGCGACGAGUGGCAGCUGGGGGUGGACCGGAGGCUGACCGACGACGGGCUCGUCCCCUGCUCCGAGGACGGCUCGCCCGGCUACGACCCGUUCACGCCGCCGACGCCGGUCAACUCCAAGCGCUUUGACUUCAAGAUGCACGCCGGCGGCACCGCCUCGCCGAGCGCCAGCAAGCUCGCGGACUCGGAGCCGCCGCUCGGCGGUCGCAACCCCGACGACUGCGCCUUCGAGCCGCCGCCCUCCUUCUCCAAGUACACUGCCGACCUCGCGCUGCUGAUGCGGAUCUGCGCCGACCCGGCCGUGAACUCGUUCGCGUGGCGGCGGCUGCAGCGGCUCGAGUCGCGCUUCCACCUUCACGUGAUGGAGCACGAGCAGCGCGAGACGACAGAGCAGCGCAAGGCGCAGCGCCGCACCGCGACGCGGCACUAUGACUUGUUCACCACUGUUGACGGGCACCUGCUCCGCUUCAUCAAGAAGAAGUGCCGCGUCGCGCCGCACGAGGUGGUGACGCACUCGGCGGACGGCAAGCCGGUCACGCUGCAAAACGUCUUCGAGCAGAUGGGCACCACGCCGCACGACCUCAACCUCGACGCACUCGGCAUGCACGCCGACACGUCCACCUUUUGCCGCUUCGACAAGUUCAACCUCAAGUACAACCCGCUCGGCGCGAGAGAGAGAGCCGCGAUGCAGCCGAGAUCUAGCCGAGGCGCCUCCAACCUGCGCAACAUCUUCCUCAAGACGGACAACCACCUCAAGGGCCGCUACUUCGCCGAGGUCACCCGCGAGCUCUUCGACGACCUCAAAGAGUCAAAGUACCAAAACACAGAGUACCGCAUCUCCAUCUACGGCCGCGAGCGGUCCGAGUGGGACUCGCUCGCCGAGUGGAUCGUCGACCACGCGCUCUACUCGAACAACAACCGGUGGGUGCCGCGGCUGUACGGCAUGUACCACGCGAAGGGGAUGCUGCCCAACUUCAAGGCCUUCCUCGAGAACCUCUUCGUCCCGCUCUUCGAGGUCUCCGUCAACCCGGAGAGCCACCCGAAGCUGCACCUGAUGCUGCAGCAGACGGUCGCCUUCGACCUGGUCGACGACGAGUCCAAGCCAGAGGGCCCCCUCCCCACGCACGACUCGCCCGCGCCGCUGCCCGAGAACUGGUUCGCCGCAAACCCGCACUACUCGUACUACUGCUACUUUGUGUACGCCAACCUGUACACCCUCAACCAGCUGCGCCGCACCAAGGGCCUCUCCACCUUUUGCUUCCGGCCGCACGCGGGCGAGGCGGGCGACCUCAACCACCUCCACAUCACCUUCCUCACCGCGCGCGGCAUCAACCACGGCAUCAACCUGCGCAAGACGCCGUCGCUCACCUACCUGUACUACCUGUGCCAGAUCGGGCUCGCGCUCUCGCCCCUCUCCAACAACGCGCUCUUCCUCCGCCUCUCCAAGAACCCGUUCCAGGAGUUCUUCGCGCGCGGGCUCAACGUCUCGCUCUCGACGGACGACCCGCUCAUGUUCCACCACACCAAGGAGCCGCUCAUGGAGGAGUACUGCGUGUGGCGCCUCUCCUCGUGCGACCUCGCCGAGAUCGCGCGCAACUCGGUGCUGCAGUCCUCCUUCGAGCCGUGCGUCAAGGCGGCGUGGAUCGGCCGCAACUACCGCCUCGGCGGCACCGAGGGCAACGACAUCCAAAAGACCAACCUGCCCAACCUGCGCGAGCGCCACCUCCUCGUCACUUGCCGCGUGGUGCCGUGCGCAAUCUCGACGCUGCCGCCCUCGGUGCGCUCGACGCCUGUGAUGCGCGUCACCACCGCCGACAUCACCGCCGCCCACGACGAGUUCGGAGCGCCACCCUCGCCGUCCGAGAAGUCGCCCGGGCUGCGGCGGCGCAGGGACAGCCGCAGCAAGGCGGCGGACGACGCGAGCAACCGCGUGACGGAGGCGGUGCUCGAGCAGGCCGUCGAGGCGACGCGCCGCCGCGCGGAGGAGGCGCAGCGCCGCUGGGCGGAGAGGCAGCAGGCGGCGCAGCGGGCGCCGCCGCCGCUCGCGGCGUUCGGGGCUGCGCUGGCCGCGGCCGUCGGGACCGGGGUCCUGAUUGGCGCCGCUCUCACUCGGCUGAAGCGGGCGUGA